UGAAGGCUAUUGAUUUUUGCUCUGCUUUAUGAGAAUGUUCUUCUUUUUAACAGUUUAAUUCCUCGGGUUUGAGUCAUCAGGUAGUGAAACAGAAGCUUGUGUGCAUCUGACAGCCUGCUCGUCUGCUCAGAGAAGCUCGGUGGGAACAUGAAAGGCACUUUCUGAUUUCGGAGCAGCUCUAGUGCUGUCCUCCUCCUGACAGAUCCUAAAGCAGAGAGCGCUGCAAACCUCGGUGGUUAUUUCUUAAGGGGAAGUGGCAUUACCGAGCUGCUUACCAACGUCCCAUAAACACUGCCUGGGUGGAAAUUACUGUACGGGGGAAAUAACCUAGAUUUUUCAUGAGUUUGAUUUGGGUGUGUUGCUAAGCGACAUGGGCUCAGGAGGGUUUGCAUGUAGGCUUUAGGUAGGUGCAGGCAGUGCCUGCGGAGGUUUGCAGGUAGGCGAUGCUGAGCCGGGGGAGGCUGACCGGCGGCGGCAGGGCGAGAAGUUCAGCCCCGCAAACUGAACUUUCACUGCAAGGGCUUGAAAGAGAAAGAAAUUGGAUUAGACCCAGAGAUGACGUAUCCCGUUUGAUUCCCUUUCCCCCUCACACUCUGACAAGCUUUGUGUUUUGGCAGGCUUUUAUUUCUGAGCACGAGUUGCUUUAAAAAUUGGGGAGUGUGUCUCGGGGUGUCGGCGGUGAUGUGCUGAGCUCGACUGGCUCAGUUUCCUCGCGAGGGCUUUGUUCUUCCCACCACGCUCAGAUCGGUUGUGCAACAUGCCCCUACCGUUUAAAAAAAAAAAAAAGUGCUGAGUAAUGCCAGAGGUUUCUCAAAUGGCUGAUGCAAACCUGGAGAAUUUGCAUCAUCAUUCAGCUGGAGUAACUUGGUAUGACAAGAGCUUAAAUACAAGUCCACGCGGAAGCUGAGCUGGUUUCCAAUGAUAGGGCAGCACCGGCGAGCUGGGGGAAAGCACAGGUGUUGCUGAGCACUGUGCAGGCAGCACGGAAGGGUAAAACACGCUUCAGGAGCUCCCUACCUGCGCGUAGGAGCAGCUUGGCAGAUAAGAGCAGGCAGAGGAAGAGGCUUAAGUAGUUGGCUACAGAGGGAGGAAAAAGCCUUGAGUUGCUGCUGCAAACUUUUUGGCUGUGCCUGCCGUUGGCGUGCUGGUGGCACGGGAGCAUGGUCAGGAAAGCUGCUGUGCCGACAGCGUCUAAUGGGAGCUACUUGCAGGGGCAGCCUAAUGGCAGGUUGCCCUCUCUGGACAGUGGGCAGCCAGCCCAGGAGCAAAAGGUUGUGCUGAAGAAGAAAGUCACGCUGUUGAGGGGGAUCUCCAUCAUCAUUGGCACUAUUAUUGGAGCCGGCAUCUUCAUCUCGCCCAAAGGGAUCCUGAAGAACACAGGCAGCGUGGGCAUGUCCUUGACUGUCUGGACAGUGUGUGGCAUCCUCUCACUCUUUGGUGCCCUCUGCUAUGCUGAACUGGGAACGUGCAUUAAGAAAUCUGGCGGUCACUACACCUACAUCCUGGAGGCCUUUGGCCCAUUACCUGCUUUUGUGAGAGUCUGGGUGGAAUUACUCAUUAUUCGCCCUGCUGCCACAGCAGUGAUAUCGUUGGCAUUUGGACGGUAUAUUUUGGAACCUUUCUUUAUGCAGUGUGAAAUCCCAGAACUUGCGAUCAAACUUAUUACAGCUGUUGGCAUCACACUAGUGAUGGUCCUGAAUAGCACAAGUGUCAGCUGGAGUGCCCGCAUUCAGAUUUUCCUUACCUUUUGCAAGCUUGUAGCGAUUCUGAUAAUUAUAGUCCCUGGAGUUAUCCAGCUAAUUAAAGGAGAGACACGGCACUUUAAAAAUGCCUUUGCAGGGAAUGAUGCCAGUGUUAUGGGAUUACCACUUGCUUUCUAUUCAGGAAUGUACGCCUAUUCAGGCUGGUUUUACCUCAAUUUUGUUACUGAAGAAGUGGAAAACCCUGAAAAAAACAUACCCCUCGCAAUAUGCAUUUCAAUGAUUAUCGUCACAGUUGGCUAUGUGUUAACAAACGUGGCUUAUUUCACUACAAUCAGUGCUGGGGAAUUGCUGCUUUCAAAAGCUGUAGCAGUGACCUUUGCUGAACGAUUAAUGGGAAACUUUUCUUUAGCUGUACCAGUAUUUGUUGCUCUCUCCUGCUUUGGAUCUAUGAAUGGUGGCAUUUUUGCAGUCUCCAGGAUGUUCUUCGUUGCAUCCCGCGAGGGUCACCUUCCGGAAAUUCUCUCCAUGAUUCAUGUCCGCAAGCACACUCCUCUGCCAGCUGUCAUUGUUUUGCACCCUCUCACAAUGAUAAUGUUAUUCAACGGGGAUCUCUACAGCCUCCUGAAUUUCCUCAGUUUUGCCAGGUGGCUUUUUAUUGGACUGGUAGUUGCUGGGUUGAUUUAUCUCAGAUAUAAACGUCCUGAUAUGCCUCGUCCUUUCAAGGUGCCUCUAUUUAUUCCAGCAUUGUUUUCCUUCACCUGCCUCUUCAUGGUUGCACUGUCACUUUACUCUGACCCAGUCAAUACAGGGAUUGGAUUUGCAAUAACCCUGACUGGAGUUCCUGCCUACUACCUCUUUAUUGUGUGGGACAAGAAGCCAAAGUGGUUCAGAAAGCUCCUAGAUAAUGUAACUGAAACAUUGCAAAUCCUCUUGGAAGUCGUCCCGUCAGAGGAGGACCAGAAAUCAUGAUCUUAAUCUACCUGAAAAUGCAGCUUUUGGCUUGGUGUUUCAUUUCAACCUGAGGAAGAGGGUAGGGAGAUUUCUUCCCCUUCCUAAUGUUCUGCAAACUGGAGGAACAAGUCACAGCUGAGAUGGAUACUGAGCGAGUCAGUUACCAGCACUGUAUUUUAUGACGUUGCAAUUUUUUUUUAUAUGGUCAGUUUAUAUGUAGAGAGCAAGAACUUAUGCUAUGAGGGAACCCAUCUCUUUCCUAUUUCUUUUGUUAGUGUCAUAUUUUAACAAAACAUAGGUUCUUCAAACUAAGAUUUUUUUGCAUUGCCACUGAAAAUAUGUUUAAGCAUUGUUUUAGUAACAGUCAGGUGUACUGUGAAGAAUGUAUCCUACUUGCUGUCCCAAGGAACCUACCUCUCACCCGGAAAGGUUGAGAUAAAGCUGCUGAGUAUCACUUAACAAUGUUCUUCCAGUCACUCUGUCUGACCCUAUUUUACUUUUGUCAUGCUGGGAGCACCAGCACAUUGAGGCAGAAAUACAGUGGUUUCUACUGCCUUUGUGGUGGCAAGUUCAAGGUUACUUCAUUCCAGAGUUGUUAUAACAUAGCAUAAAAGAGCAUCUUCUGAGGAUUAGUAUUUCUACCAGUGAGACUGACACAUUUUAGCCUGGAGGCAGUAAUUUCAUACAUGUUAAAGUUUCUACCAGUCUGGAAAUUAUGACUAUUUUUACCGAUGUUUCUUUGUGUACAUAUGUAUAGGAAAUACAGCAACUGAGUAAUCACCUUCAAAUCGGUCAGGUAUUUGAAUGCGACCUCCAUUGCUGUAUGAAUAUUUUCUAUCUGGAAGUAUAUGGACCUGCAGUUAUCAGUCAGGCACACACAAUUUUAAACUUUUAUAUGAUUGUUUGUGGGCAGCAGAUGAAUAAUGGUCACUGGUUUUAUAAUCAGUGGGAAUUUUGUAUAGACACAGCACUAAAUGCAAUACUGUUUUACAAAUAAGGUAUAAGGCAAGCUACAACAGAUUCGUUGAUUUGAGUAGGGUACACACCUAAUCUGUGGGUUUUUUAUUCAAGCACACUCCAAUUAACUGGGCUUUGAAGAACCAAGGCACAGGUGCUCUGACAUCUUUCUGGUUUUAUCUCAGCUGAAACAGAGAAAAGCUAUCAAAACUGAUAAAAUCAAACUAAAUUGAAAUUUCACCUGCAGAAUGAUGUUUGAGCUGAGAGUUGGCUCAAAUGUGAGCUGAAGUUUUACCCUUUUUUAGAAGUAGUUUUAGAUAAGGAUUUUUUUAACGCUUAGAAAUUCAGUUUUAUGUUAAUCAAAGACUACUCAACCUUAAGACUAAGGUUUGUUAUCACUAUGUUAAGAAUAUAAUGCUUAAAUAUUGAAUGCACUACUUUUUGAGCUGUUUGCUAUUAGCAAGUCAUAUGUUUCAUGAAAACAUUUAUGAAACUGAGCAGCAUUAGACUUCCUAAAUUGGGAGGAAAGCACAACUAAUAGCCAGACCACUACAGUAAAGGGAGACUGUGUGUUGUAUAUAUGUUGUAUAUUUACAGAACAUCUACCAUUUUAAGGGUGUACAGUAAAAUAUCUUAAAAUUCUUAAAUGUUUUUCUUUCUUGUAUUCCUAUGGUGGAAUUUCCUAGAAGCAGGGAAAUGGGAAUAAUCGAUUAUUUGGAAGAGUGGUAAUUUAAGACUUUGCAAACUAUUUUUACUUUAAAUAUGUUCUGUUUAUGGUAACUUAAAGUGUUAUUUGAAACUUCUCUUAGGCAAAUGUUUCGAGCUAGAUUUUUCUGUUGACAGUGCAUGUAUUUAAUUAGUAUUUACACGUGGGUCAGAAGCGUGCUUCUGAGGCCAUCUCCUGCCAAUCCAAGUUCCCCAUGCUUUGGCCUGUGUCAUCGUGGAGCACCUCCAGCACACAAACUGCAUUUCUCUCUGAUGAAACAAAUGGCAUGACGCCUUCCAGGAGCAUGCCUAACGCGCUCCUCACUACCCGAUGUGGAACGCGUGGGAUCUCACCAGAGUGAAACCUCCUCAACACUGAUGCUCUGAACAGCAGGUCUUCAGCACCACCUGGUCGAUUCCACCUAUUCACUCCUAUUGUGCCAUAUUACUUGAAAAUUUAGACAUAGCCAGUGUUAACAUGUAGAAAUAAAUGGGCUCUGUAAGUAUAACUGAAUGUUACUUUUAUUUUUCUUUGUUUUUUUAGCCAUCAUGGGCUUUAAAGUUUAGAAAUGUUUCUGAAGUCUGACUGUAUUUUACUAAGUUUGUGUUCAUGUAAGGGGUUAAUUUGUCCCAAGGGAGGUCCUAUGACUCAUUGAUUGUGAAGUUGUAUAUUUUAGGAAAAAACAAAACAAAACAAAACUGCAAAAUAAAAAACUAAUUUUUUGAAAAC